AUGUCUCAAGACUGCCUGAAUCUGUAUCACACUGCAGGGAGAGGAGGGGUAGUAACUCUGUGGGCGCCAUGGCUCAACCCCUUCAUGAAGAAGACAAAAGACGACGGCAAUGAGAGAAUACUACUUACCCUAUGCGAUCUACCCUCACGACCCCUUUGUAUCAUUAACUGCUACCUGUCAUCAGGAACCAGCGCGGUUGCAACUCAAACCUUCAUGGAGGAUACUGACAUAUUGUACGAGCUGGUGUUAAAAUACAGAGGAGAGUAUGAAGUAGUCCUUGCUAGGGAUCUCAAUGAGGACCAUUUUAACCGGAAGGGGCUGAAGGAGAGACGAUUUCUGGAGUUGAUACACGAUCUGAAGCUUACCGACAUAGGUGCAGAAUCAACCGCCUCAUCAUAUAUAAAUCCACACCUCGGACACAGGUCCAGAAUAGAUCACAUCUGUAUUGGUGAAAGGGCUAGCUCUUCUUCGGGCUGGUCCACCCCAUCCCUAAUCAUGGAUCAGGCUGCGACAAAUUCAUCCAAGCACUUACCGCUGAAGAGUGACACACAGAUCCCAUGUCUCAACCCACCAAAGAAGUCACAGAAGGAGCCUGUUGCGAAAAAGCUCUUCCGAUUUGACGAAGCUGAUCCUGAUGAGUUUGAAAAAAUCCUGUCAAACGAGUUGCAGUCUUCUCCCAUCCAUGACAUGGAUCCCCACGAUGCUAUCCUAACACUUCAGAAUGCCCUAAACACAGCCACCAUAGCAGCCGUACCAUACAGGUCCAUCAAGUCCAGACAUAGUGGAGGUCGCCCAAAGAAUUGGUCUGAUGAACUGGCAGAAGCAGUCAGAGAAUCUAAAAAUCGACUAUUCUCGUGGAAACAGCUUGGAAAGCCCACCGGUGACCACCCGGCAUGGAUUGGUAAGAAAGCGGCAACAAAGAAGGUACGCCAGAUCCAGAGGAGGGAGGACGCAAGCGAUCGUAAGCAGCUGCUGGGAGAAAUAUCGUCAGCUUUGACCACUGACCAGGCUCUUUUCCACAGAAUCAUUGCUAAACAGAGAAAAGAGAAGACAGCAACAACCGCAAUCAGCAUAGAAGGUGAAAUCAUAACUGAUGACAACGCUAUCAGAAGUGAGUGGGCAAACUGCUAUGAAAGGCUAGCAACCCCAAAGGUAGAGGAACCAGAUAUGGACCGCCUGCUGUUUAACAUGCGUAAAGUGGCAGGAAGCAUUGAUGACGGUACUGAAAUUGACAUCACAAUGAUAAAGAAAGCGAUUGACGGGAUGAGUAAGAAGAAAGCGGCCGAUAGAGAAGGAUUCCGCGCAGAACAUUUAAAAUUACUCUCCUGCUCCCAACUUGCCAUGGAAAAGCUCACUGCCAUUUUCAACUCCAUCAUGAAGGCGAAAAAGGCCCCGAAGAUAAUGAAGACGGCGUACAAGAUCCCAAUUCCAAAGAAAGGAAAGGACUCCUUAUUGCUAGAUAACUACCGCGGGAUCACAAUAACGUCAAUCUUUGGUAAACUACUGGAGCUGAUUUGCCUCAUGUGCACUGAGAAAGACCUCACAGAUGGGCAGAGCGGACUUCAGUAUGGCUUUUCAGCCGGAAGAUCACCAUCAAUGGCCUCUCUUCUUGUGACUGAAGCCAUCGCCGAAACCAAGGAAAAGAAACAGGACCUGCUGAUCUGCUCACUUGAUGCUCGCAAAGCCUUUGAUGUUGUGUCCCACUCUCGCCUCAAACUCAAGAUGUUUGGUACACCAAUGAAGAAAUCUCUGUGGUGUCUUAUUGACGAUCUGUAUGACUCCAGUACAGAGGUUGUGAGAUGGUGCGGUGAAGACAGCAGGGAAUAUGCAGUCCGACAAGGAGUGAAGCAAGGUGCAGUCAUGUCUCCGACACUUUACAAGUUGUAUGCCAACGAUUUGGCAUCAUCCCUCACUAAAGCAGGGCUGGGACUGCAUAUAGGCCCUACAUACAUCGGAUCCCCUGGCUGCGCCGAUGACCUACUCCUUCUCACAUCAAGUCCCAUGGAACUUCAAGCAAUGAUGUCAGUCAGCAACGACCACUCAAACACCAAUCUUUAUGAACUACAUCCAGUGAAAUCAGUAGUAUGUCCACACCACCAGUCGCAAGCAAGCUCAAGUAAAGCUCAGGAAUGGCACCUGGGGGGCAAACCAGCUACUAUAGCGGGGGAUUUUGUACAUCUUGGGCUAAACUGGCAAAAGGGAAAGACGUCCCCUGAUAUUUCACCGAGGAUUACCCUGGCAAGACGGACAGCAUAUGCCCUGAUGGGUGUGGGUUUUCACAGCUAUAAUGGUCUAGACCCUUCCGCAUCAAUGAAAAUCUAUAACACCUUCGUCAUCCCAAGACUUCUGCAUGGUCUGGACGCCACCAUCUUGUCGGCAGCUCAAGUGUCCCAACUCGAUCUCUUUCACCGAAAGGCACUAAGACUAAUCCAGAGUCUACCGGAAAGCACAGCUAAGUCGGCCAUCUACCUGCUGCUUGGAACAAUACCAAUCGAGGCAACAAUUCACGCACGUCAACUCUCCCUGUUUGGAGCCAUCACAAGACUCGACAGAAAUAAUCCCCUAUGGCAAGUCGCGCAAAGACAACUGUCUCUUAAAUCAGAUACCUCGAAGAGCUGGUUUAACAAGAUAUGUAAAACAGCCGAAAAGUAUGGCAUCAACAUCCACCAGGCACUUCAACACCCCUGGAAGAAAUGCCACUGGAAGGAUAACACCAUCAUGUUGAUUAAGGACUCGUGGACCAACGCCUUAGUUUCUGAAGCUCAAGCCAGAAAGACCCUCCAAUGGAUGAUCCUCGACCAGGUAUAG